AUGGCACCCUUCAACAGAGCAGCUUACUUGGUAGCCGCCAAAAGGUCGCCUCUAGAGGUCAAGUCCGCAGCGUACACAAAACCAGGUCCCGGCCAGAUCACGAUCAAGACCCGCGCUGUCGCUACAAACCCACUGGACUUCAUCAAGCAAACCGUUGGUGACCUGCUGUAUGACUGGGUAAAAUACCCGAUUAUUCUGGGGAGUGAUGUCGCUGGUGAAGUUGUGGAAGUCGGAAAGGGCGUCACAAGGUUCAAGGUCGGCGAUCGCGUAGUAGGCCACUCCAUCGGCAUGGCCAAGAAGCACAACUCUCCCGCUCUGUGUGGAUUUCAGGAGUAUGUCAACCUGCUGACGCACAUGUCGUCCCAUAUCCCCGACAGCCUACCCUAUGAGAAUGCAGCGGUGAUUCCUCUGGGACUGUCGACUGCAGCUUGCGCGCUGUUCCAAAAGGAUCAGCUAGGCUUGCAAUUUCCUUCAAGCCCCGCAGCAAAGUCAACCGGGAGGACAGUUCUCAUUUGGGGAGGGUCGACAAGCGUGGGCGUCAACGCAAUCCAGCUUGCCACUGCAGCUGGGUACGAAGUCAUCACGACGUGUUCACCACGCAAUUUCGAAUUGGUCAAGCGCCUUGGAGCGAUUGCUGCGUUUGACUAUCGCAGCUCGACCGUGGUCAAGGACAUCAAGAAGGCCUUUCAGGGAAGAAUCACUGCCGGGGCAAUCUCGAUAGGGCAAGGCGCAGCAGCGGCAUGCAUGAACAUCCUCGGAUCGUGCAAGGGUGACAGGGUUCUCUCAAUGGCCACCUAUCCGCUCGAUCCCAUGAACAUGCCCAAGCGGUUUGUCAUGCCGACGAUUGCAUACACCUACCUCUCUGGUAUGGCCGCUCUAUGGAUCAAGGCGAAGCGGUACGGCGUCCGAAGCCAGUUCAUAUUCGGAGAUACGCUCGUCGACAACGAGGUAGGGCCUGUGGUAUACGAGCAGUUUCUCCCCAAGGCUCUAGCAGACGGGUCGUUUGUCGCUGCACCGGAACCCGAGAUCGUUGGGCAUGGUCUGGAAGAGAUUCAGCGCGCUCUGGACGUACACAUGAAGGGAGUCAGCGCGAAGAAGCCUGUCGUGACAUUAUGA